AUGUACGGCCAGCAGUAUGGUGGCCAGCCCGGCCAGGGCUACAUGCAAGCCCAGCCGACUGGUUAUCCAGGACAGCAAUUCCAAAGACCAAUGGCGACUGGUAUGCCACCUCAACAGGGCCAACAGCAGCAACAGCAACAGUUCAUGCAGCCUCAAGCCACUGGCAUGAUGGGCAUGGGCAUGGGUACGGGUAUGGGCAUGGGAGGUCCAGGAAUGGCUCAGCAACGCAUGGGUGGACCUGGCGGAUCCAACAUGUUGGGUCCAGGUGGUAGUGGUAUGCUGGGAGUUCCACAACCCAAUCGCUUCCUCUCGCCUUCGCCUGGCUUGCAACCUCAAGCAACUGGCAUGAACAUGGGCAUGGGCAUGGGUCCGAGACCAGGAAUGGGUGGCUUACAACCCCAAAUGACUGGUUAUCCUGGUGCUGGAGGGAUGCUACCUCAAAUGACUGGGAUGAUGCAACCACAAAUGACUGGGCUACCCAUGGACCCUCGCAUGCAACUCAUGAGCCAGCAAUUCUUGCCCGCUGCUCAACCUUAUAGCGGCGGAGCUCCACUGGUCCAGAACAUGAAUUUCAGCAACGCCUCCAUGCAGCCUUCCAACUUCCAGUCCAGCAUUCAGAACCUUUCUCAACAGCAAGCAGGUACCAGAGAACCUCGAAUCCCUUGGGCUUUGAGCAAAGAGGAACGCAAAUCGUACGAUGCAAUCUUCAGAGCUUGGGAUCAGCAGGCUACUGGCUUCUUGUCCAGCGAUGUGGCCCGUGAAGUCUUCGAGCAGAGCGGUCUGGACCGGGAUCGCCUGAUGCAAAUUUGGCACCUUAGCGACACUGAGAACAGGGGCAAGCUCAACCUGGCCGAGUUCCAUGUCGCAAUGGGUCUAGUGUAUCGCGGUGAGUACAAUACCGAGGCGAGUUUGAGCCGCGAAGAUUCGACUGAUGUAGACUCUCCUCUCUCUAGCACUCAAUGGUAACGACAUUCCAAACGAGCUACCGCCCGAGCUCAUUCCCCCAUCCUCCAAAGACCUCAACGAGAGUGUCGACUUCUUGAAAGAUCUCUUGAAGCGCGACACAAACGUUCGCAACACUACCGGACUCAACAUUCCGGAAGCUGGCAGCAAUGCCACGACGGCCUACGGCAAGACGAGGUCAUUCCACGAGAAUCCCGUUGCGCCUGGUGCGGGUGGUGUGCCAAAGAAGGACGCCACCGCAUUCAAAAAUGACGACACUACAGCUUCAGGCUACAAGUCUAGCUCGCGUCAUUUGGACCGCCGAGCCGUCAGGUACGAAGGUCAGAGCGCUCACGACGAGCUUAGCGAGAUGAAGCGUCAGACCCAGCGCAUGCUGGAUAACGACGAUUCUCGUGACGAUGAGGAUGAGACGGAGACUCGCGAACUCGAGCGAGAGAUGGAAGAAUUGCGCUUCCGUAUUCGUCGAGUUCAGGACGACAUCGAGUAUUACAAGAAGCGUCCGGGCAGAGAAGCCAACGAGUCUCGUCGCAAAGCCGAGCGCGAGCUCCUGCACCUGCAUCAUGAACGGCUUCCUCAGCUGGAGAAGCGCUUGGAAGCGAAGGAAGACCGCAAGCGUGACCGUCGUCUCAACGAGAGCAGAGCUCGAGAUCGGCGCAAUGAAGGUACGUAUGGUCGAGGAUCCGACUAUCGCGACAGCGCCCGAAGCAGCCCCAGGCCAGACUCCAGAAACGACUCCUACUCUCGAAGUCGAUAUGACGACGAACGUGCGGAUCGCGACGACUAUGGCAGGCGCGACAAGGACAGGUAUGAUGACCGCGAUGAUCGGUACGGACGCGAUCGCGACGACCGCUACCGCAACUCUCGACCGUCUUCCGCCGCUGCUUCUCCUGCUGUGGAGCGUGCGCCUUUGCCACCUCCCGUGCCUGCCGCACCAGCAAGCGCUGCAGCUCCACCGCCGCCUCCCCCUCCCGCCGCUGUCGCGUCGCCUGCACCAUCCGGUCCUCCCAAAUUCGCCACUCCAGAAGAGAGACAAGCGUGGGUCCGUUCUCAGGCUCAAGCUCGCAUCGAAGCGCGCAUGCGUGCUCUUGGCGCAGUUGCACCGUCAAGCUCGGGUCCAGACACGUCAGUAGAGGCAAGGCUCGCUGCUGACAAGGCUGAAGCUGAGGCACGCAGUGCUCAGGCUGAUGCUGAGGCUCUAGCGAGGGAAGAGGCGUGCAAAGCUAGACUGGAAGAGCAGCGGCUGGAACGGGAAAAGCAAGCUCUUGCUGCUGUGAAAGCGGAGACUCAAGCGCAAGAGAGCUCUUCGGCCCCUCCACCUGCUCCUGUGACGCAAGCGCUGAAGAAGGAGAUCGACGAUCAAGAGGAGAUGAUCAAGCGUCGCGAAGAGGUGCUAAAGAAGGAGAAGGCCGAGCGUCUGGCUCGUUUGGCAAAGCUGGAGGAGGAGGAAGCAGAAGCUAAGAAACAAGAAGAAGCUUUCAAGCAGAAGCAGAACUUGUUCAAACAGCCAUCCUCUGCGUCACAGUUGCCCGCGCCUAGCCGCAAAAAGGGAGGACCUCCCCCUCCUCCGCCUACUCGCAAGGGCGCACCUCUUCCCCCGCCCACUGCACCCUCCGCACCAGCAGCUGCUGCUCCGCCUCCUCCACCUCCUGCGGUCGCUGUCGCCCCACCAGCCCCACCUGCUCCUCCCGCCGCAUCUGCUUCUCCUAGUCAGUCGCCUGCGGGCGCGACGAGCAACAACCCCUUCCACCGAAUGCAGCCCGGCACGGCAACGACGCCAGGCGCGGGAGCGCCCAGCGGCAACCCGUGGGCUGCAGCAGGUGCAGCUGUCUCGAACGGUCUGCCGGCACCUUCAAGGCAAAAUGUCCCCGCUGCUCCUCCCGCUCCUCCCGCUGCAUCGGCCGCUCCUGCAGCUGUGCCUCGCAAAGCACCGACGCAUGACGAUGAUUGGGGAGACUCCGACAAGGAGGAGGAAGAGGAAGCUGAUGCGCCUGGAUCGAGCUCGAGAGCCACGCGUCAGAAUCUUGCUGCUGCGCUCUUUAGCGGAUUGGUCCCGCAGGCUACUGGCAGGGCUACACCGCCAGCGGCACCUCCUGCUCCUCCUGCACCCGCUGCUCCAACUGCACCUACUGCCCCUGCGCCUCCAGCAAGUGGUCCUCCAGUGUUCGGUGCCCCUGCUCCACCCGCUCCGCCUCCUUCUGCUCCCGCGCAGCCCUUCGUGGCUCCUGCAGGUGACGCUGACAGAGGAGCGCUCCUCGGUCAAAUUCAAGGUGGUCUCAAGCUGCGCAAAGCUGUCACUGUUGAUCGAUCAGGAGCACCUGGUGCUGGAGCAGUCAUCGGGGACGCCAGCGCGCCUGUGCAGAAGUACGUUCCUCCUCCCUCCCCGCCUGCGGUAGCUGAACCGCUCGCCGCACCAAUCGCACCACCUGCGGUUGGUAAUCCUAACAGGCAGUCCGUCGACUGGGCCAAUAACCUCGCUGCGGACCAGAUGAAUGGUCAUCAUCCCAGCGCGGUUCCGGACGAACCUUCUGUCGCCGAGGACCCCGAGGACAGCGGUGACGAUGAAGGACCGGAGGAUGCAGAAGCUGUCCAGAGUCCGUCUGGUGUAGUGGCGCCGGACUCAACCAUGGCUGCCGCUUCUGAAGUCAUUGGGACAGCGGCUGAUCCGGAAGACGCGACUGCAGACUUCGAUCUCACGCAGACUCUUCGUUGCCGAGCGCUGUACGCCUAUGCGGCUCAGCGAGAGGAGGAUGUGUCCUUCGAGGAGAAUGACGUCGUGCUUGGCCAUCCUGCAAAGGACGCCGGAGGCGAUUGGUGGUACGGAAGCAUACUCACCGGUGCAAAGGGCGUGAAGGGCACCUUCCCAAGGGCUUACGUACAGACCAUUCAGCGUGAGUAGACGAGGCUGCCUUUGAGUCCAUCACUGUUUCAGGUUGCUGACCCCUCGCGCUGGCUGCUGCAGCGACACACGCGACCGCUGUGUACGACUUUGCGGGCUCUUCUCCCGAAGAAGCAAGCUUCACGACGGGUCAAGAGGUGAUCGUGGUGGAUCAGGAAGAUGCCGAUUGGUGGAAGGUAGACCAAGGAGAUCGGAUCUUGCUUGCUCCCGCCUCUUACUUGAGCCUCAGUGGUUAGUGUUUCACUGCUCUCGCUUGAUGGGCUUUGGCAAGCUGUGCUUGCAUGGCACGCUGCUGCAACAACGUGCUUGUUGGUCCGUCGCUCCACUGCUCUCCUGUCCCCUUCUGUACCUCUGUUCAUUCCGCCCGCUAGGGGGUUAGGUGUUUGCAUAGCUCCACAGCGUGUUGGGGGGGCCAGGAGGACGAAGGGGAAGGGGGAAGGACUUUCAUUUCCACCAUGCGUUGUUCUGACUGGAAGGCAGGGAGUGGUCCAGUCGAGCAGGCAGGAAGGAAAGAACGGGGUGAUCAUCAUUGCAAUCGUGUCUUUGUGCUCUUUGCUUUGGCGGCCGCCCCCUCUUCCUUCCUGCCCUAUUGGCGAGUCUGGACUUUCCUCCCGUGCGCUCCUGGUCAUUACGGCGCGGAGAAAGGAGUUCCUUCGUCUCCCCUUAUUGUCCUCCUUGCCGCCCUUUGCGCUGACCGGUCCACUCCUUUCCCCCUUCUCCCUCUCCAUCUCUUGCACAUGACUCGAAAUACAAACUGACGCGCCGGAUGCAUUCCUGAAACUCUUUGAAUUGGUCUCUUCGCGACAUGACAGCGGGAGCAAGUGAGCACGCUCGUGCUGACCAGCUUGAUGCCAGCAGCCAAGCAUCUACUUCUGCUAGCGGCGCUUCGACACUACGAGCUGUGGCUGCUUCACCUGGUGAGAGUAGCAACGGCGCUUCUCCUUUGAUGGCUGCCUUGCCGCAGCGCGCUACUCAGCCUCACGCCGGUGCGGGCCACCUUCAGACCUCGCAGCCUGCUUUUGACCCGAGGCUGCCCGUGACUGGGGAGGUCAUGUCGGCGUCCGAAGCGGGACUGCAAGGCAUUCGGAGCCCUCGUGUUGCUCAGUCAGAUAACGCAGUCUCUGCCGCUUGGCAAAGAUCUGCGCCGUCCGGCGAAAUGAAAACGGGACUUGCGCCACCGCUAGACGAUCGAUCGGCGGAGUUGCGUUUCGAGUCGCCGCGAGCGGGACAAGAGCGGAAGCGCGCAGAUGUUGAAACCGUAGCCAAUCGGACUCCAGAGAUAAGCGAUGGCGAUGUGCAAGACGUCGCAAGCUUGCCAGCUGCGAUUGGAGCUUCUGAUCAGGUUCUGGCGGAUGCAGAUGCAGAUGCUGAUGAGCUUCAACGAGCUGUAGCUGCUUCACAGAAAGACGAGCGUCUGAUGAGAGUAGCUAGGGCGCGAGAGUAAGUCCGAAUCCGAAGAUGGCCAAGCGAGCAUUCACGAAACUUCAGGACGACUGACCCGCUUCUUCGUCACAAUCCGAGCAGACAAAAAGAUCUGAAUCGUGCUCUUGAGCUUUCGCGUGACGAAGCCUUGGAAGUCCAAAAUGCCUCGAACUUGUCUGCUGCAACGCUCUCGAAUAUUGUCAUCCAUGACGAGACGAUUGGAGUUGAGGGCGACUCGGACGAGUCGACGACGGGAUGGACUUCGAGUGAAGAAGAGGAUGAUGAUGACGACGAAGCUGAGACGGACGAAAUGCGCACACGUAGAGUAAAGGAGAGGCUCAGACUGCUCGAAGCUGCUGGGGUCUUGAUACGAAAUGGCGAGGCGGCCUCGCCGGUCCAUUCGAAGGACGCCGCGGAUCUGCCGCCUGAUCUGCACGAAGCCACGACAGAAGAAGGGGUGCCAGAUCUGAUGGUACGAAGACGCACUACGGUCCGGCGCAAGUCGAAGGGCGAAUCUGACUCGCUGGGUCCCACCGUGAAGCAGCGCCGCAGCAAGAACACUCUUCGCGCGCGACGACCCGAUAGACCACUCCCUCAAGUCCCCGCCGUUGAGCCAGAAAAACGUAUGGAUGAUGCAUUCGAUCAGUAUCAAAAGAUGGCCGCCGAGGUCUCUUUGCAGCAAUCAGCCCCUCCGGCUACUAGUAGUGCAACGCCAAAGCGUCACAAGAGAACGAGCUCGGCCAUUCAGGCUCUCUCUACGUCGUCUCCGCCGGGCUCUCCGCCUCCAACUGGCUCGCCAACACCGGAAGGCAAAUCGUCCGGUCUUUUCAGCAGUCUCAAAGCUAGCAUGACGUCGCGCAAAGCUGCUCCUGGCCCUGUCCCCAGUCGCACGACCGAAAUGAUUUCUGGUCCCAUGCGUCUAGACUCUCCGUCGCUUGGAGGGCCUAGCGGUUCUGCUAGUGAUGCUGCCUCUCUCGCUAGCAGCGCACAGUCUGUCGGAACUGUCCCUACCACGUCGCUCACCGGAUGGGCCUCUGGUAUUCCUGCAGAGGUAGUAGCCUCCUUGGACGGCGUUGAGCGCAAACGUCAAGAAGCGAUCCACGAGCUGAUUGCUACCGAAAGCACUCACGUUCGCGACUUGCAGAUCAUCGUUGAGGUGAGCACAAAGCGUCUGAUAUCGUAAGUGAGCAUGCUGACGUAGCUCUUAUGCCUUGCCAGGUCUUCUUCAACACAAUGCACGCAUCCGGUCUACUCAGUGCUAAGGCUACCACCGUCAUCUUCGCCAACGUCGAAGAAGUGCUUCUGGUGGCAGUAUCACUCCUCUCUGAUCUCGAGUCUCGCCAAAGCCAAGAGUUAAUCGUCAGCGGCUUGGGGGACAUUCUCGCGAAGCACAUCGCAGCGAUGCGAGUAUAUUUGCCGUAUUGCGUCAAUCAAACGCCCGCAGCGCAGAUCCUGCAAGCCGAGAGGGACCGUAAUGCCGUUCUGGAAGCUCAGCUGCAGACCAUUCGGCGCGAGGAUCCCGCUGCACGAGGACUCGAUCUGUCCAGCUUUCUCCUGAUUCCCAUGCAGCGACUCACUCGUUAUCCUUUGUUGAUCUCGCAAAUCAUCAGAUACAGUGAUCAAGCCGCCAUCGAUGCAGCAGAGAAGGACAGCUUGCAUGAGUCGCUACGCGUUGCCGAAUCCAUACUGGCUUCGACAAACGAAGCGAUACGAACGCGCGAGACUAGAGAUCGUCUGGCAGCGAUUAGCGAGUAUCUUUGGGUCGGAAAUGCUGCUAGGCUGGACCUCACCAAGGAUACGAGAGUCAUGGGACCGCGCCAAAUUUUAAGGGAAGAGGUGCUCUCGAAGCACAAGUCCGGUCGCAAGUUGACGACGCUUCUCACUUCGGAUCUCUUGAUUCUCUUGCAAGAAGGCAAAGAAGAUGCCGCUGGCAACCGACGACCACAGCUGUAUCGCAUGCCGAUUCCUCUCGAAGAGAUCGUUGUGAGAGACGUUCCUUCCCGGCUGACUGGGGCACGCGACGAGUCUGCCUUCCAGGUGAUCGUCGGUGGCUCCGACAAAAUCAAUCUCCGAACCUCUUCACCAAGAUCGGCGCAUGCUUGGAUGGCCGCCAUCAACCACGCGAGAAGCGCGUGUCUUCAGGCCGCACUAAAUGCACCGAGAUCCGGCCACCAUCGCACGCACAGUCAAGGCAUUUCGCUGUACUAAUGUUCGGUUUUCAAUCAUGAAUGCGACAUCACCUUGAGCAGGCCAUCAGCGCUGUAUAUAGUGCGAUGUAAGAGAGCAAUGGUGCAUUUUGGCAGUGUUGCAUUCACAGGUAUAUCUAGAACUGAUAAAGUGUAGUGAUGGUGGCGGCGCCGCGCUGCUAGACGCGCUUCCGCCACUUUGCCACCAGACUGGCAAGCGAUUAGAGUGGCGAUAAGGACUCACCAUUCGUGCUCGCUUCCACAGCGGAAUGAUGUAUAAACAGGUGAAAAGGUCUGCUUUCUCUGGUCCCCAAACACCGGUGUCCUCGAUUGCUGCGCUUCGCACUGUCUCUCAUCAACCGUCUGCUGGGCAGACUCUGGCGUAAGCACCAUCCUCUCCUCAGUGGCAUCUCCAUCGUCGAACGUGCCGCACUUGAAACAUCUUUAGCUACUGGUCCAUUCGAGAUGCGGGCCUCAAGCCACUUGCUGAUGGGGGCGUUGCUUUUGAGCAGCUGGCUCGCGCAUCCUUCCGUGGCGGAACUUCUGGCUAAGUCGACGCAAAGGAAAGGGGUUUACGAGGUGAGUGCUAACAUUACCUUAAACCUCGCUGCCUCGACUUGGUCAGCGAAGCUGACGUCGGCAACUUCAGCUCCACUCUCGGAGAUCGUCUAGGUCAGACCUCGACACGGCUCGACGUGGCAAGCGGUACGAAGUGAAGCGCAGCCGCCUUGGAGCUCGGCUAGAAAAGCGCUUGAUUGCGGGUUCGAAAGCGGCUGCAGAGGCAAGCGGAAGUCGAGCUCAUCUAUUGAAUCCGACUCCAAAUCUCGAGCUGCCUGACGACGCAAGAGCUCUGGCAACCUCAACACUGACAGAUACUACAGCUACAGAUUCCCUGCCGCAUCGAGGAGCAGAUUCGGUGCCCCGCUUCACGUUGGGACCGUUCCCUGGUCACAUGGGGCUUCCGAAACAUCAGACCAAAUCCGCCACGGUCAGACACAAGAGACCUUGGCACGUUGGACUGGGAGCUUUGGAUGCUGGUGGAGCAGGAAAACUUCAUAAGCCGGGUUUGAGCGAAACGACGCCACAUAGCGCUGGUCCCGACAAUUCAGCCGAGGCCAAUGCCGAGAGAACAGCAGGGGAAGCCUCUGGUACGAGCCGCAGUCCCGCAACAGACGCCCGCAAUACGGCUGGCAAGCGACCCGGCUGGCGGUAUGUGCGCAACGGACCUCAAAUUCUAGACCUCAACGAAAUGCCAGGAAAAAGCAUUGUGAGAUAGCAGUCAUGCAGGAAUCAGGUCCUUUCGCCAGCGAGCGCUCACUGUCGCAUUCCCGACGCUCCUCAGAAACGCACGGUUGACGGCUUGACCAUCGAUAUGGGUAGGGUCCACGACGUCGUCCACGCAAACGCGUUGGAGAAGUCCAUGCAUCACUUCCGGCACCAGAUUCCAGAUAUGGAUCAUUUCAGGGUGAGUCGCUGGCCCUCUUCUUCUCUCCCUCAUGCUUGGCUAACCCCAAAUCGACCAUGUCUCGCUUUGCGAAGGUGGAGCGAGGUUUGCUCCACGACAAGCAAGGUUGGGCCUUCCUGGGCUACGCCAAGAGUCGAAGCCACCUCAUCAGAAGCGAAACGGGAUAUGCCUACUACCGAGUUCCUCUUGCCCCUGAUCUCGCUUGGCCUCCCGGCUCAAACCAUAUUCACAAUCCCCCUGAUGCCAAGGUGACCGGUGCGGUUCCGCGACAAGUGACGGGUCAUGCAGCUGUGCGUAACAUGCCCAAACACCCUCCGAUCGAUAGCUUUGCAGCUCUGCAAGAGAUGGCAACGGUCGCGAAAUUGAAGGGGAAGGGCACGAUACGUAAGCCUAGCUCGCUGCCGACUACGUAG